AUGAAAACAGCCAAGAAAUUACAUGAAAUCGAUCCCCUCCAAAAACCCAAACAAGAUCGUUAUGCUCUAAGAACUUCACCUCAAUGGCUUGGUCCUUUGAUUGAAGUGAUUCGAUUCUCUACAAAAUCUAUUGAGCGAGAGAUUAACUCGGUCAAUGACAAUCCUUUGAUUGAUGUUUCAAGAAACAAAGCAUUGCAUGGAGGCAACUUUCAAGGAACACCGAUUGGAGUUUCCAUGGACAACACUCGGUUGGCCAUUGCUUCAAUUGGAAAGCUCAUGUUUGCUCAAUUCUCUGAACUUGUCAAUGACUUCUACAACAAUGGUUUGCCUUCUAAUCUUUCUGCAAGUAGAAACCCAAGCUUGGAUUAUGGGUUUAAAGGUGCCGAAAUUGCCAUGGCUUCAUACUGCUCUGAGCUUCAAUAUCUUGCAGAUCCAGUGACAAGCCAUGUUCAGAGUGCCGAACAACACAACCAAGAUGUUAACUCUCUUGGUUUGAUUUCUUCAAGGAAAACAGCUGAAGCCAUUGAUAUUCUAAAACUCAUGUCUUCCACAUUUCUUGUUGCUCUUUGUCAAGCAAUUGACUUGAGGCAUUUGGAAGAAAACUUAAAGAGCACUGUUAAAACAACUGUAAGCCAAGUAGCGAAAAAAGUUUUGACUACAUCCUCUAACGGUGCGCUUCACCCAUCAAGAUUUUGUGAGAAAGACUUAUUGAAGGUUGUCGACAGAGAGUAUACUUUUGCAUAUAUAGAUGAUCCAUGCAGUGCCACAUACCCACUAAUGCAGAAGUUAAGGCAAGUUCUUGUUGAGCAUGCACUUGCAAAUGGUGAUGACGAAAAGAACACAAGUACUUCAAUCUUCCAAAAGAUUGCUACGUUUGAAGAGGAACUAAAGGUAGUUUUACCAAAUGCAGUUGAAAAUAUGAGGUUAGUAUACGAGAGUGGAGAAACACCUAUUAAGAACCAAAUUGAAGAAUGUCGAUCUUAUCCAUUAUACAGAUUUGUGAGGAAAGAGAUAGGAACAAAUUUGCUAACAGGUGAAAAAGUAAUAUCUCCGGGAGAAGAAUGUGAGAAAGUAUUCACGGCUUUGUGUCAAGGAAAGAUGAUUGAUUCUAUCUUAGAAUGUUUGAAGGAGUGGAAUGGAGCUCCAAUCCCAAUAUGUUAGGUUAUCCUCCACUUGUCUAGAGGAUCCUCAGCCUCACGAGGAAAGGCUUUGCUAUGUGUUCUUUUUGUAUUUUUAAAUAUUUUUUCUAUCAGUUCCAUUUCUGUUUUAUGGAAGAAAAAAGCAAGUUAAUAACAUAAUUUGGAGAAUUUAUUCUUAAUA